UAUCUUGAGUCGAGAUGUCCAAUUAAUUCCAUUGCUAAGCAAGUACAUUGACAGUAACUAUUUUCCGCUUGGGCCAGCACUUACUGUCGAAUUCAAGACAGAGUCAAGUCACUUUCUCUAAGCCGAAAGUGCAACAGUCAAAUAUGUAUUGUAGUCUGUAAAAGAAACGCUUUCCCGACCAUAUUGGCAAGCGGCAACCAGUUUAGUUGGUGCUGGCCACUUGUGGAGUGCAAAUGGAUAAGUUACAGGUCAAGUUUCCACAUCGCAUACGCGACGUAGAUCCCGCCAUCAAUACGGAGCUCUUGGAGUACUUUAAAGGUGAGCGCACGGGAUUUGUACAAGUCGGACCCGAGGGAUACUUUUUUCCCCACAAGUUCAAAGAAGAGGCGGAACAAUACUAUAAUUUCGAGGCACGACCCGAUGAUAUUUGGAUCACCACUGUGCCACGUUCGGGCACCACGUGGACACAAGAGCUCAUUUGGCUGGUUGCCAACGGUUUGGACUUUGAACAGGCCCAAGAACGUCCGCUAACAGAGCGUUUUCCUUUCUUUGAAUUUCCUUUGUUUAUGCAUAAUGAUGUUAAAGCUGAGCUGAUCGCAGAGAAUGAGGGUAAUGAUAAGGCUAUUGAGUUUAUUGAACUCAUUUCUCGACCAGGUUACGAAACAUUAGAUGAACUGCCUAGAAAUCAGCGACGCUUUAUAAAGACACAUUUCCCGUUUUCCUUGAUGCCGCCGAGUGUUUUGGAAAAGAAGUGCAAGAUCAUUUAUGUGGCGCGUAAUCCAAAAGAUGUGGCCGUCUCCUAUUAUCAUUUGAAUCGAUUGUUUCGCACACAGGGCUACACCGGCGAUUUCGAACGUUAUUGGCGUUAUUUUCAGCAGGGAUUAAAUCCUUGGCUGCCUUACUACAGCCAUGUGAAGGAGGCUAAGAAAUUCAGCCACCUGUCGAAUGUGCUCUUCCUUAACUAUGAGGACAUGCUGAUUGAUUUACCGGGGACUGUGAACCGAGUCGGUGACUUUUUGAAUUGCAGACCAGAUGCAGAAGGAUUGCAAAAAUUGCUCGAUCAUUUGAGUAUUGGCAAUUUUCGGCAAAAUAAAUCAGUUAAUAUGCAUCAAAUGGCUGCCGUGGGUAUUCUAAAGGAUGGCGAAGAAGGAUUUGUUCGCAGAGGCGGCAAAGAUAGGGACGCUACCAAGCAGGCGGACCAGCAAGAGUUUGUUAAUAAUCCUAAUCUUCUGAAGAAUGCAAAUGAAUGGGUUCAACAUAAUAUUGAGAAAUUUCAAACUGCGUGCGAUAAGAAUUUGCAUUGAAAAUGUUAUCGAUUUUUAAUGUUCUACAUUUACCGCCGCAUAUUUCUUAAUCGACUUUUGAGUUGCAUUAUGGCUCUACAAAUAUUUAUAAUAAAA